AUGGCACUGUGGAUUCAUUUGUCUCAAUCACGGACUGUUCACUUUCAUGCGGAUGAAGAAAUUCCAGCUGGUACAAAAAUUGGCAGUUUACUGAAACAUGUAUAUGGAGGAUUCACAAAUCUAAACUUUUUUAAAAUCUCUAGCCUUGAUGACUUUUCGGAGCUAUUUUCUGUAGAUCAAAUUAAUGGAGAUAUAUUGGUAGCUAAGCAGUUGGACAGGGAAACACUAUGCCGCCCUGAUGUUCUGAAUAGUCAGAAAACAGUUUCAAAGGAACUGAAAGAAGGAUGGAAUUCUCAAGUGAAUCAGUAUACAAAUUGUGAAUUAUAUUUUAGUGUGAAUUGUUUAAAUGUAACACCGAUUAAAAAUCUUGGGAAUCAGAACAAAAGUAGAACGCCUGUAAGUAAUAAGCUGGUAACCAUUUUCGAUGUUGUCGUUGAACUCAGGGAUAUUAAUGAUAACGGAUGUAAAUUUGUGCCAUCAAGUGAACAGGUCAUUCGAAUACGUGAAGAUUCACCGAUUCACGAGACACGACUACCACUGAAUACCCCAUAUGAUCCAGACGAUGCAGUCUUAGGAAAUACUGUUAAAUCUGAUCUUGUAUGGAUCCAUGAUCGGCCUAGUAAUUUAUCUUCUUUGGAUAACCGGAAUAUAAAUGCCACAUUCAAACUACAUAGUCUUUCAUCUUCGAAUUAUGCGAAUAUUAAACUUGAGCUGGAACUGAUUAGAGCGUUGGACUAUGAAAGUCGGCAAAAUUAUACAUUCGAAAUCGUUGCUGAUGAUGGCUUUCCAUCAGGUGGACAUCAGUGUCACCUAAAUGUGACUGUUCUCGUCGAAGACUGUAAUGAUCAUAUGCCAGUUUUUGAUCAGUCCACGUAUGUCGCGAAUGUUAGUGAAGACACGAUCAUUGGCCAGACGAUUGUAAAGGUUACAGCGAAUGAUGCAGACCACGGGGAAAAUGGGAAAGUCUUGUACAGCAUCGAUUCAUAUACGGAUAACACUGAUGACAGCAAUCUUUUCUAUAUUCAUGAAGAUACCGGUGAAAUAAGGCUUCAACGACGUUUAAACCAUAGACUGAAACCUCAACAUGUACUGAAAGUAUUUGCUAAGAAUCCUGAUAAUACUCUAUCGAGAAAUAUGAAAUCUCUGCAGACUCAAUCGAAGUCAUCAACAGCUCAGGUUAUUGUCAAUGUGAUUGACACAAAUGAUCACCAUCCAAGGAUUCGAAUUUUGUCGCCUACAGGUUCAAAAUCUCUAGAAAUAAUAGAAGAAUCUCCGCCUGGUCAAGAUAUUGGCAUUCUAGAUGUUUCAGAUGGGGAUACGGGGAAAAAUGCUGAAGUGAACUGUAAAUUGACAAAUCAAACUCUUUCGGAUGCUCUGAUCCUUACUCCAAUGAAUGCUGGACUUGUCAGCAAUGAUUUAACAAUAUCUAAUAAGAAAUAUAAACUCUCUUUGUUGAAAAGUAUAGACAGAGAAGAAUAUCCAGCUAUCGAAUUUACUGUUUACUGUUGGGAUCACGGAAACCCACCCUUAUCAAGUAACACAACACAAAACAUAAAAGUAAUUGAUAUCAAUGACAACGAUCCGGUAUUUAAUCAAAGUGUCUACACAGUUAAGAUACUGGAAGAUACAAGUCCUGAUAGAGCACGAGAAAACUUUGAAAUCAUAUCGCUUAUAGCAACAGACAAAGAUGAAGGUCGUAAUGCAAAACUACACUUCAGUAUUGUUCAGACAACACCGAUUUCCCAGGUAGAUUUGGUGACAAUCAACCCGGUUACAGGAUGGAUACAUUCUCUAGGCAACUUGGAUCGUGAAUUAUCUGACAGAUUCUCUAUCCUUGUAUUAUGUUCAGAUGACGGUGAGCAGAGUAAACGUUCAACUUCAGCUCAAGUCGAUGUAACAAUUUUAGAUUUCAAUGAUAACGCUCCAGUUUUUUCUAAGCCUUCAUAUGAUUUUUACCUAUCAGAAAACAAUCUAAUAGGAGAAUUGAUCGGAAGCUUUUAUGUUACAGAUAAUGAUAUAGGUGAAAAUUCAGAGUUGGAGAUAAGGAUCAAGAAAAGUGUAAUCAGUAGAAAGCCUAAUGCUAAACAGCUAUCGAUUUUGCCUGAUUUGAAUCAAAAAAAGUAUAUUGAAUACAUUCCAAAGUUCCAACUAGUUUCAAAGCGGGUAAACGCCUCAUCAUCUACCAGCAGAAAAGCCUAUUAUGAGAUAAAGUUGUAUACAAACUCUGUGAUUAAUCGUGAGAGUCUCAUUGAGGAAUCAACUACUAUCCCGGAAACACCAUCUGAUUUUAAAUCAGUUAGAUACAUGGGUACUACACUCAAAGUGGAUCAUUAUGUAAAGUCAAUCAAUAAUUCCUUAUUUACGCCAAAUAUUGUCUUAACAAUACAAGCACAAGAUAAAGGCGUUCCAAAGUUAUCUGAAAAUGUACUAGUGCGUAUACAUAUCUUAGAUGUAAAUGACAAUUCACCGUAUUUUAUUUUCCCUGAUCCAACUGAUGUGAAUAAGUCACAAGCUGUUGUAUCGUAUAAAGAACCGUUAGGUUACGCAUUUACACAAACAUUGAUGAUUACGGCUAUAAAUAAACUCUGCAUUCGUGAUCCGUGUUAA